UAUAUUUGACUGCCUUUGUAGGAGAAACCUGCCUCCAAAAGCGUCCAUCAUGUACAAGAUCGCACUUCUUCUGGCUUGCGUCUGCGUAGCCGUCGCCCAGCGAGGUCCAGCCGGUGGAGAGAACUACCCUCCGAUCCCGUACGCCUACCAGUACCUCUCCCAACUCGAGGACGGUAGCCACUCCCACGAGGAAAGCGGAGACGGUAACGGCAAAGUCACCGGCAAGUACACCCUGACGCACCCCGACGGAACCUCCAGGACCGUCACAUACUUCGCCGACGAUACCGGCUUCCACGCCGACGUGGUGACCAGCGAGGUGGGAACCGAAUCCAAGAACCCCGCCGACGUCACCAUCCAGUCCAGCGCUGUGCCAGGACCCGAGGCCGCCAUCGCCAACGAGCCCAACCGAGCCCGCGGUUGAACGGCACCCGGAGGCUCCAGGGGCUUGACGAACCACAAGACCUUACGACGCUUCGCCAACCCCGCUUCGACCAUGACGCUUGUGU